AUUUGUUCAUAGAGGAAGUUGGUCUUUUAAAAUAUUUCUUGGUUUUGUAACAUUUGGAUUUCCUGUAAGGUAUACUACAAUACGCACACAUUAAAAUGUUUUGGGGAGUUACAUUAGAAAGUGGAAAACGAUAUUCCCAAGUUGUGGAAUCGUCGUAUCAUUUGUCUAUGGCUGCACUCGAACCCAUGAGUAAAGAAGUGGAGAAAUCAAAUAAAUAUGUUUCUGUUAUGAUUGAACAUGGAAAAUCCGAGUUUCUUCUAUGUACAUUAGAGCAUGAUAGAGUAAUGCAAGUUCCUUUAGAUCUUGUUUUUGUAGAGGGAGAAGAAGUGAGCUUUUUUUUAAGUGGUGAAGGUAUUGUUCAUCUUACUGGCUACGUGACUGACGAAAGACAAGAAGUCAACGAUGAUUCAUAUCAAGAAGACUCUCAAGACGAAUGUGAAACAUCAUAUGAUGACGAAAACAUGUACGAUGAUGGCGAUGACGAUUAUUACAGUAAGUUAAUGCAGGUAGAGGAAGAUUCAGACAGUUCGAGCAAUGAAGAAUGGGUUCCACAGAAAGUAAACAAGAAGAAGAAACAUGCCAAAAAGGAUAAAACAUCAAAAGGCAUAAAAAGUAACUUCAAAAUGCAAAGUAAUUUAUUAGAAGACUCUGUUCCUGUUUUAGGGAAAAGUAGAUCUAAAAAUGAAGAUGAGGACGAAGAUGAGGAUGAAUGUGAUUCUGAAGAUAAUUCAUCUGAAGAAACAAAUGAAAAUUUUAUAGAGGUUCAUAGACAAGAAUCAAACAUUCAUUUUAAACCCAAAAGUAAGAAACAUUUUAAAAAAGAAGAAACAUUCUCCCCAUUUGAAGAACAGUCAAGUAUGAAAACUUCAAUGCCUGUCAUUUCCAGAAAGAUUUCAGAGGAUCAGAUACUAAAUAAACAAGUAAAUUGUUCUUCUAUAAAGAAACAUAAGAAAAUAGCAAACAAACAGAAAUUUUCACAAAAAAACAAAAUUAAUUAUGAAGAGGAAAGACCUUUACAAGAAAAUGCAACGUUUUCCUCCCAAAAAAAACGACUGAAAAAGAAACAUAAUUUUAAAGCACAUGGAAAUACAGAUAAUGCCUCUGAAAAUUAAAGCAUAAUUUGUGUCACAAAAUGUCAGUGAACUGAGAUA